AUGUGCCAAGUUUUCCGAGAAAGUCAACUUGGCUUCGGAUUGCACAUUUCAUUGCACAAAGGGAUCGUUCAAUGGUUCAAUGAGUUACAGAAACUUCACAGACGAUUCCAAACGUGGAAGUCCGGUUAGCUCAGAGUUCUCAGAAGACGAGAAAACAGCCCCUUUGCCCUCGGGAAUACCUUUGCGACAAAUGGCAGAUAACAAUUUUGAAGGUGGACCUUCGCUGGUGUCUAGCGGAUCGAUCAACAUGGAUUUCUUAGCAACAAUUGCACCACCUGUGGUGACUCAGCCCCAGGCCUUCACAGAUGAAAUGUUGGAUCCCAGUUCCAAAGGUGUGAUGACUUCACUAACCACCAAACACAUGAGUGGUGCAACUCUGCAGAGGACAUUGCGACACAGUGCCGAUGAGCUCCAACGUUCUGUUCAAGGACAAUUUGUUUCCUUGAAGGGAAAUAUGAGUUACAAGGAUCUCUUGGCUGGGCUUAUCUAUGAAGGUGAAAUCUUUCAAGCCCUGAAUCACUUCACAUUUAUGACCUACAAACAUCUUCAAUUCUGUGAUGAGCAUGCCAAAACAGUGAACCAGCGCAGUGGUGGCAUUUGUCUUUUAACAAACAAGAGAAUUCUCUUUUUGUCCUCACAACUUUCUCUUGGCACAUCUUUACAGCAAUGGGGUGACCCUAAAAAGCUACCUGGAGGCUAUUCUCUUACGUCAGCAUGUAACGACACCACCUAUUACCUGCCUAUUCCACUGCGCUGUCUACGAAGUGUAGAGAUGAGUGGAGAGACGGGUGUGCGUGGGGAAAUAUCAGUCCAUGGUGCCCCUCCAUGUUGCUGUGGACUGUGCGGAUUCUGUGGGUUAGCCUGCUGUCCAAAUUCAGACAUGCUGAAGCAGUGGAGGCCACAGCCUGUCAGCCGCAGUCAAGUGCAAGAGAUGAGAGUUUGCCUUGGUGUGCUGAUGCCGCCCUGGGAGUGUAAGAUGUUUCUUAACAUUCACAUUGAUCCCAGUGUACCAUUGCCUGUGACCAGAGAUUUUGUGGCCCUGCUGCAAAAGAACGCUCCUGAACUAAGCUAGAUUAGUGUGAGCGAGUGCUGUUUAAGACUAACUUUGAUAGAAUGGCAACCUCUCUAGUUGUUAACAUAGUUUGGAAUUUUAGUGUUGUUCUGAAACUGUUAAUUUGACAAGUAGCUCACUGAGGUUGUUUCAUGGUAGAACAAAAUAAUAUGGCGUGUGAGGUGCAUGCAUGUUUAUCAAUGAUAGUGUCAACAUGUACGUUUGUUGUGGAUAGAUGUGACAAUGAAGUUAUUUGUCUUUUGCACAUGUGCAAUAUCCAAGUGUUUCUACACCUGUGCCUCAAAAAUCCACAACACAACCAGUUAUUUUUACUGUGGUGCAGACAAGUACAACUUGCUGUGGGUGAAGUUAAUCUGUCAUACAAUUGGGCUAUUUCUUAUUUUUAUUACUUUAAGUUUCCAUUAAUUUUGACCAAAUUUUCUUUUGCAAUAAUAGGGAAGUGCACACAAAGUUUCCAUAAAUAUUGUCAUAGGUUUAACUGAACUGAACUGAACUGAACUGAAACUACCAGUAACUUUAAAGUCUUUGUGCUUAAUGUAAUUUUAUCUCAGUUGAGUGGUGCACAACACAUCCCAUACUAUUAUUUUUCUUAUCUGCUUUCAAUUUCCAAUUUGUAGACUGAAAUGUAAUAGCAUUCAUGCAUGUUAGAGGCUGAACUAGCAUCUCCCAUAACCUUGCCACCUUCUUUUAUGUUGAGGAAUCAGUUCACUAAGUGUGAAAAUCAGUUGUUGAGGAAUCAGUGUCAGACCUUCAGUACACUUCUGAGUGGGGAUUAUUGCAGUUUUGAUUUUAAAAUACAUUAUUACAAGACAUUGUAGGACUAUCUGGUUUACCAAUUUGCAGGCAUGUUCACUGUGUACCUCGAGAAACAGUCCAUCAUCUUGCACAUCAAGAUAAGUUACUUGAUGCUAGGAUGAAAGGUUAACAUGGACAAUUCAUGUUUUCAGCCUUUUUUGCAUUGUUGGGCUGCCUUUGCAGUUAUGUACGUUGACUUAUAGGAAAACCCUUAAAACAUGAUAACCCAGGCAGAGACUUCAAUUUCUACUCCUGAGACUAGUGUGGUCAAAAUUAAGCUAGAUAUCUAGUAUAUGUAGUAACAACUACUUCUCUUACUAGUGGUAUCAAUAACGUUUGUAGGAUAAUGUAUGAUCAACAUGUGACGUUUUUGAAUGUUCUGUGUCUAUUAGACUAUUAAAUGAAUUAAGUUGUCAUACAAAGUCAUGUGAAAUGACUAUUAAAUUUGCAUUUUUCAGAUAUA